GGAUAAGUGCUCUGAUCAUGAUGACAUUUUGCACUGCACUACGGUGCCUAUAUAACGCCUGAAGAUUUCGACUAAAAGCUAAGUAUUCGAUUCACAUUUGGAGUGAGAACAGCAAUGGCGAAUGUUAAGAAGAUAGCUUUGGGUCUUAUUGCCAUCUACAUUGCGAUUGUGGUAGUUGAUGGCGACAUAGUGAAAACGACCAUGGAUCCAUUGGUGGGCAGCAAUGAGGUCACAACGAUAUCCGACAAUGACAAUGAUUGGAGCCAGCAAACGGGUGAAAGUUCAGGCGAAGUAACAACACCAGGGAACGCAGAAUGUGUUUGUAGUUGUAUUGACCAAGAACAAGAAUGCCUAACGCCAGAAGAAUGCACUGCAAUGUCAAACGAAGAAACAACUACCACUGCUGAUGUUUCCGUCGAAGAUACAACCACAAUGUCCAGUAUAGUAGAUACUACUACAUUACCACUACCACCAUUACCACCUACUUGUGCCAUUCCUGGUGUCCAACCCGAUGUGGCUGACUGCCGUGCUUACCACGUCUGCAGUUCCGCAGGCUUUUCCGAUGGUCUCCCCCAUUUGGUUACAAAAUUUUGCUCUGAAAAUGAAGCUUUUAGCGUUCGUUUUGGUCGUUGCAGUCGCGAAAUAUCAUCAUGUUUCGCUAAUGAUUUCUGCAUAGUAAAAGGUGGUCUGCCAGAUCCUAUGAGCAAUACCUCCUACUAUUUGUGUGAACCACGCCUCGUGGGUGGUGGUUUCCAUAUCUUCCACGUCAAAUGCUCGCCCCAUCAAAUAUUUUAUCCUGAACUGGGUAAAUGCUUCAUUGACAUGGCCAAUUUGCCCCAGCAACCGAUUUCAGUGUUUCCUCCUUUUACUUGGAAUAUUCUCGAAGAUAUCGAUGUAGUCAAGGCCGAAUUAAAACUGAUUAAAGAACAGGAUAAGUUAAAGUUAAAAAUGGAGAAGGAGCUCCUAAAGGCCGAGAAGAAACGUCAAAAGGAGUUGGAAAAAGAGGCCGAACAGCGUGCCAAAGAAGAAGAGAAGCUAAACAAAGCUUUGGCGAAGCAAGAAAGUUUGACAUUUGUCUGCACUACGGAGGGAAAUUUCAUUUCGAGUGUCAGUGAUAGAUUCUACUAUGCGUGCAUUAAUAAGAAAGGCAAAUUUAAGGUGGAAGCCAUGCAAUGUCCAGUCGGAUCCAAGUUCAAUGCUACUACUGGUCUCUGCACCAUCGAUACUCUUCAAGUCGCCGACAAGGCAGAUUCACUGUCUGUAGAAGACGAUGAUGGCAAAGAAGAAUAAGAACGUUAUUCUGAUUCGAACAAAAAUUCAUUUCACUGAUGGUGUGUUCAAAUAUAUAUUUCUAUACAAAUAGGUCUAGUAUUUAAUGAAUAAAUUCAACAAGUGCAAAAACUUGUGUAGUAAAUUCUUGAGAUAAUCGAUCAACAUGCGAAAUUCACAUUAUCUGGCAAAAUAUCGAUACAAUCGAGAUUUUAUUUCUUGGCUGAACAUCGAUUGUUAUUUUUUCUAUCGAUACUAUUGGCAAAGUUAAACCUUAAUCGUUAACAAAGUUAAUCGGCUAAAGUCUUUUAAUACCUUUCACCACGUUGAGCAUCCAGGCUAAGUUGGCAUAAUUAAAAUUUAUUUAUAUUUGAACACCAAUAUAUAUUAAAAAAUAUCGAAUGUUGCGAUUA